AACUAAAAAGGUCUAAAUCAAAUAAAUAAAAUGGCGGGUCGCGACAUUUUCCAGCUGCGUUUCGUGGCUGUCGUGGCAUCCGCCGCCGUAUUGAUCUUCCUUGUAUCCAGCCAAGUCGCGGAGGCAUCGCGUAUGAUGAACAUAUGCUCUCACACUCCGUAUCCAUCUCUGUGCCAGCCUUUGGUGAAGCGUGAAACGAACCCAAGAAGAGCCACGCACAAAACCAUACAGGCUUUGGAGGCUAAGACAAGACUAGCUCUAACUGAAGCGGCCAGGUACAAAAGCGGUAACCAAGAGAUCACGACAUGUUAUGAAACGCUUACCGACGCGCUUUAUAAUUUGGCAAGCGCGAGGAAGAGUAUAAGGAAACGUGAUGUGAUGGCGAUGAACAUGUUUUUAACUGCGGCUGUGUCUGAUUACGGUGUAUGCGUUGAAGGGUUCAUUGACAAGGGUCAGGUUAAUACGGUUCAAAAUUCAGCGGUUGAUUUGAGGAAAACUGGCAGCAAUUGCUUGACGUUAUCUACAUUGAUUAGAUGAUAAACUAACAAACAUUUGUUAUUUUCUCCAAAAAAAUACUAAUUAAUUUCUUCAAAA